CGGGCCUAGAACGCCACCGACUUGAGGAAGCCCAGUACAUUUCAAGUUGGCCGCGGCGUGGGCUCUGCGUGGGGGAGGGACAGCAGGUCUUUUCACUGGAUCUCUGAACACCCAGGCCCCCUCCACCAUGGCCAGCCGGGGUGGGGGCCGGGGUCGUGGCCGGGGCCAGUUGACCUUCAACAUGGAGGCCGUGGGCAUUGGGAAGGGGGAUACUUUGCCCCCACCCACCCUGCAGCCUUCUCCACUCUUCCCUCCUUUGGAGUUCCGCCCAGUACCUUUGCCCUCAGGAGAGGAAGGGGAAUAUGUCCUGGCACUGAAGCAGGAGCUACGAGGAGCCAUGAGGCAGCUCCCCUACUUCAUCCGGCCAGCUGUCCCCAAGAGAGAUGUGGAGCGUUAUUCAGACAAAUAUCAGAUGUCAGGUCCGAUUGACAAUGCCAUCGAUUGGAACCCUGAUUGGCGGCGUCUACCCCGGGAGCUAAAGAUCCGAGUGCGGAAGCUACAGAAGGAACGGAUUACAAUUCUGCUCCCCAAGAGGCCCCCUAAGACCACAGAAGAUAAAGAGGAAACAAUACAGAAACUAGAGACCCUGGAGAAGAAGGAAGAAGAAGUAACUUCAGAGGAGGAUGAGGAGAAGGAAGAAGAAGAAGAGAAAGAAGAGGAGGAAGAAGAAGAGUAUGAUGAAGAAGAACAUGAAGAGGAAACUGAUUACAUCAUGUCAUAUUUUGACAAUGGAGAGGACUUUGGGGGUGACAGUGAUGACAAUAUGGACGAGGCUAUAUACUGAAGAAGGUCUCUGGACCCUUGUGUCUUUCUUGAGGCUACAGAGAGUAACUGUCCCUGUUAUUUGUUUUUUCGGACAAGCAAAUCAUUUGGUCAGAGUUCACAUAACCUGUCUGGUCCCUGGAGAUGGGAAUGGAGGAUGAUGACAGUUUAUUUUCUACGCUUCCCCUCCUUCCACGUUUGUAUCACCUCUGCUAUCUUGGGGAAAGUGCAAAGGACAAAUAUCUCAAUUGUAUGAAGGGAGAAAGGAGAAAUGAAAGAAGAACUGGGGUUGUUAGAGCUGAGAUAACUGUACACAUACCCCUGCCCAAUUUGUAUAGCUCUUUGUGGAGAUAAUAGGGGUGGGAGCAGUUUGAAGGAGUAAGCCUGGUUUUAUACUUUUAAAUAAAGUGUUUUUAUCUGUC